UUCAUGAUCCACCCUACAAGAAGUAUAUGUCUAUAGCUCUAUAUAUAUACCUAUAUAAUCUCUAACAAUGAAAAUAUUUCUCCUUCUCUACUCUCUCUACAAAAUGGCAAAAUUAAAUCCCCUUGUUAUUGGAAGAGUGGUUGGAGAUAUUAUAGACCAUUUUAACCCAAGUGUGAGAAUGUGUGUCACUUACAAGAAAAAGCAAGUUUACAAUGGUCAUGAAUUACUUCCUUCUUCUGUCACCAUUAAACCUAGGGUUCAAGUUCUUGAUGGUGACUUAAAAUCAUUUUUUACCUUGAUCAUGACGGAUCCAGAUGUUCCUGGGCCAAGUGAUCCUUAUCUUAAAGAGAAGUUACACUGGAUCGUCACAGAUAUUCCAGGCACAACGGAUUCUACUUUUGGGAAAGAGAUAGUGAGCUAUGAGUUGCCGAAUCCAAACAUAGGCAUUCACAGGUUUGCGUUCAUCCUGUUCGAGCAGAAGGGUAGGGCUAGUGUCGUAGCACCGAGCACUCGAGAACGAUUCUGCACCAAGACCUUUGCUGAACAGAACCAGCUACGCCUUCCUGUUGCUGCUGUCUACUUCAAUUGCCAAAGAGAAACAGCUGCUCGAAAACGCUCGCUGCUCGAAAACGCUAGCUGCUAAUCUUCCCUGGACUUGAAGCCAAUUAAUAAAUGGUAAGGGAAACAGCUGCUCGAAGACGCUAGCUGGUAUCAAUCGAUCAUGCACUCUUUUAUUUGGUUAUAAAUAAGACUGCUGUUUUUGAAGAAGAAUUGAAGAAAGUUGAGUAUUUAUCUUACUCGAUCGUAUGUAGUUAUGGUUGACCAUGAUCUUUCCAAUUAAUAAUAUUUACUCAUAAUUGCUA